CUCGCGUCCAUUCGUGCAACAGCCAUUUUGGCUGCAAGCGUCCCAAUCUGGGGACGUCAACAUCUACCUUCCCUUAAACGCCCAGUGAGGCCCGAGGCGACCAGCGACUCUGAGCACUACUACACCAUAGCGAUGGCCUGGCUUCAGGCCGCGGCCGUGGCCCUCUCGCUGUACGCGACGGGCGCCCUCGGGCUGGCCCCGACCGGCGCCGAGCCCGACAGCGCCGACGGCGGUCCCGAGAUGCGGAAGCUCGGCGCCGUGGACUCGCGAAGGUUGGCCAAGGUCGUCGACGGCAAGGUCGUCGACGGCAAGGUCGUCGACGGGGCCGACGGCGCCGUCAACGAGGACUCGGACAUCUGGCCGUUUACCCGGAAGAUCCCCGCCAACAGUAGGAACAUCACGGUCUUCCUGAAUGGCGAGCCGAAGUCUGGCACCACGUGGCUGGAGUACAUCGCGAAGGACCUCAUCACCGAGGGUUGCGCGAGGGAGGCCGGCUGCCAGCUGGUCAGCGAGGACACCGAUGACAGGACCAUGGGGCAGAGGACCACUGCCACAGCCGUCAGCGCGCACAGAACGUCUGGGCUGCUCAGGUACGACGUCAAAGAUAAGCACAGGGUCCCCAACGUGGGGCACUUUAAUAGCCUCGAUUUCACCAUCGCUCCGAACAUGACGGACGCCGACGUCGAGGCGGCCGCGAAGUCUACGCUGGAGGGAGCUGCACAGGGCGCGAAGUGGCUGGCCGUGUUCCGUGAUCCCCGCGACGUCGCCAUCUCCAUGUGUUACCAUUCGGUCAAGGACUGCCCCGAUGCGAGCGGCCACACCCUCGUCAGGAUUAACAGGGUCGCCCAGUGGAUCAACCUCCGCCACCGCUUCUUUGACGCGCUCCACAAGCUGGCCCCGGAGAGGGUGAUGACCCUGUACUACGAGGACAUGAAGUCGGACGAGAGGGGCGCCAUCCGGCAGCUCGCCAGGCUCUUCGAGGUGCCCGUGAGCAGGAGGCAGGUGAGGUUGAUCUCCGAGCGCACGACCUUCAGCGCGAUGAAGGAGAUGCCGAGGAUCGCCCAGAAGGGCGCCGUCUCGGGCAUGGUGCGCGAGGGGGGCAGCUGCAUGUACGACAAGCAGCUCAGCGCAGAGGCCGCGAAGCAGGUCACCGAGAAGAUGCGCAGGGCGCUGAGCCCAGAGCUGAACGCCAUCUGGAAGUGCUGAGCUGCCCACCCCCUCGAGCGCUGGCUCUGCCCGCCCCCAGGUGGUGGGGUAGUGCGGACCCCAUCCGCAGACCCCCUCGCGUCGUGAAGACAGAACGACCGAAGGCUUGCGAUCAUGUUCGUUCGGUCCUCGGGGGCCUUGGCCAGGCCCCAGGGCCUUCACAGAAGUCGAUCCGGGAUGGAGCGCUGGCCUCGCACAAGGGGGCCGAGACCUCUGGGACCCACGCUGUGAGGGCAGGGGUCUGGGGAGGUCCGGGCAGCGUGGACGCCAUCCAUGGGGUCUGCAACGCGCCUGCUUCGCUCGUUCCGCCCCCAGCCGCCGGUGCGCCACUCUCCGGCAGCUGCCCGAGCGACUUGCCCGGUGCCGGCCGACAGGAUCUGAGGAGUCCGCCCGCAUCUCGCUUCCGGCGCCCGCUGGGGAGCAGCUUGUCAGGCGACUGCACACGCGACGGCCUUGAGAUCGAUCGGUUUUUCGUAAGGCCUCCCCUUGUACUCUUGGAUCCCAGAUGGUUUCAGCUGUGCCUCCUCCAUCCCGCCUCCAUCCAUCCUCAGCUCUGCACUGGAUGCAAGCGCCCGUGGAGAAAAG